UCGUCCUAUUCAACUCUCCCGACGCUGUGCGACCCGCCAUUUCUCUUCCGUCUCAUCUCUCCCUUGGCAGCCUCUGACGGUGACGCCUCUCAUCUCCUCGGCUUUUUCCUCUCAACACGAGACGGCCUAUCCGCCACAGACACGACUCUUUGCGCCGUCUCUGCAUCACCGCUGGGCCUCACCGCGUCGCAGCCCAACCGCGACGACCUUUUGUCUUGAUCGAUAGGCUCUGGGCAUCUGCAGCGGCAGCCACUCUGCAUUAAAAUCUGCAGCCCGGGAACGUCCACAAGCGGCAUACCGUGCCAUCUCAACCCUACCUACGGGCACACAAAGACACAAGCGCGCACGCACAAGCACGCGCGAAAUCAGAAUAAAAAAACUUUGAUACUACCUAUAAUCAGCUCGCAUCAGUCAUCGGUAUCUAUUCAACUACGUCAAAUUAUACAUCGCCACGCAGGGAGAAGAGGAACACAAAAACGAUGCCGUCACAGCGUCCAUUCUUCCUCUCUUCCUUCUUCAAUUCCUUCCGACAACAAGCGCCCGCCCUCUCUCAACAGGCCACCAAACACACAUCGCAGGCCGCUUCUGCAUCUGCUGCUGCUGCUGCUGCUGCCGCCGCCUCCACAUCAGCCGCCGCAGCAUCUUCCACCACAUCCUCGGCCGCCCGCGCAAUCUCCACAAACGCCGCCACAACAUCGUCCACCAACGUCGCCAUCCACACGCCGCGCGGCUCUCCUGGCGGGCCCAUUCCUAUUCCCAACUCUCGCAGAAGGGGCAGCGACAGCAGUAGUGAAGGCUUUCGCGAUGCGCUCGGCGCGGAUAAGUGGUAUAUCGGCGGCAGGACGGCGGCGGGAGAGGAGAAGUUCUUCAAGAUGGGCGUCAUUCGAAGGGUGAGGAGUAAUGAUGGCCUGAGUCUUGAUCGCCUAAGUUUAUAGGCUGGUGACGACAUCAUCAUGAAAACACUUUCAGAAUGACUGCAUCAUCUUUUCUUCUUCUUUUACUCACUCUUUCUUACUUCACCAUCAGCAUGGGGAAAAAAAGUAUAUAAAUGACUAGAGCGAGUUUUUGGACAUGGGCAACAUGAGGAUGUAAAUCAUCAAAACAAUGCCUACAGGAAAGGCCUUGACUUGGGAACCUUGGGCUUUGGAUAUUGGGAACAUGGGCGCGGCGUUGUUUUGCACUUGGGCUCGGAAUAUUGUUUAUCUGCAAACCUUUUUUACAACUGAAACUUUUACAACUGAAGCUUUUACCAUCAUACUCUAUCUGGCAUAAGAAAUGGGGCUUUAUUACAGCCUCUGAGCAAAUACAAUUCUUUGUCUAUAA